ACAUAAUCAAUAUAUCUGACGUGUGUAUUCUAAUCUACUUUUGUACUCAAAACAAAUACUGUAUUUACAAUAUGAACACGCGGAAAGUUUUUCAACAGAUUUUAAGUGGGUGAUUUUGAUAUGAGUUCGUUUUGGAGUCAAGUAAUAACAAGAACUGUUUCAGGUAGUCAUGGAACAAGAAAUGGACGAACAGCCUUUAACAAAUAGAGUUCAGAUGUGGCAAAAAAGAGCAGACGAACACAAGGAGAAACAACUUAUCAACCCAUUUUCUGAUUGGGAGGGAGCCACACAUCGCCAGAAAUUGUCAAAAGAUGAUGAAAACUAUGGACGUCCCGUAUCAGGAUCAAAAACUGAAUCCAGAGGGAAGCUGGCAGGUGAACAAAGUAGUCGUGAAGUAAUCGAUCUUUGUUAUGUCAUCAAUGACUUGGGAAAGCACCAAGAAGAUGGUAGUGUUAACAUUACUUUUGGUGAACUAUUUGAAGCUUACCUGACUAUAUCUAAUAACUUAGUGGGUACAUUGAUUAGAGCUAGAAAAUAUAAAUUUGUGGAAUUUGAAGGAGAAAUGUUGUAUCAAGGACGGGAUGAAGAAAAAGUGAUAACAUUAAGGACUUUACCCGAAAGACCGUAGUGUUUAUUUUUGGGGCUAUAGAUGGACUAUACAGGAGCCGCAUGGGAUUAUGUGACAAUAAAGUGACAUAUACCGUGGAACCAAUAUAAGAACACCAGAAUGUAGCACUACAAUUAGGGCAGUGGGAUUAUAGCGCACCUGCACUCCCUUUGUCAAACUAUGACUUUGUAGACGUUGUUAUAGACUCUAGUAUAACAAGAAUCUUAGCUCUGGACGGUUAAAGCUUUUAGUCGUUCGGAAAGACUUAUCAUUAAUUUAAUGAUUAAUGUGAACAAAUGUAGAGUAACUGUCUUUAGAAUAAUAACAAACUUAUCAACACUCUCUCAAUAUUUCAUUUUGACGUGUUUUUCCAAUUUAAAUCAAAACUUUUAUUGUAGACAUUGAUUUUAUGUGCUCAAAUUCUCUUGUACAUUAAAAAAUAUUUAUUUAUACAUUACUAU